AAGACGGAUCGCCUGAAGGUUGGACGUUUCGGCAUUGGAUUCAACUCCGUGUACCACAUAACAGAUUUACCGAGCAUCAUGAGCGACCAAAAGCUGGCAUUCAUUGAUCCAUUAGAGGAACAUUUUUUGACAAGCGUGGUAGAGUCAAAACUGGAUGGCAAUUUGGUCUCGGAUCCGACAGCGACAUAUUCUCGAAGAACGAAGACCAGUUUCAACCGUACCACAACAUAUUUCCCGGAGUAACAGGAGGGAUUUCGACGGGAUAUUUCGACGGCACGUUGUUUAGAUUUCCUCUGCGGCAUGCCGCAAAUAGUUUAAGUGACAAAAUAUACAGCGAUGAAGGCACAUUAAGCGAGCUCCUCCUGGCUUUUCGAGCCGAUGCUGAUGUUGCUAUGCUAUUUUUGCGCUCUUUGAAUAACAUCGAGGUGUUAAAGAGGCCAUCCGGUCUGCAAGAGCCAUCACUAGUUGUACGAGUUCGAAGGGAACACGAUCCAGAAACACAUCCACCGGGAAAGGAAUUUUCUUCACAUCUAGAAACUUACUGCUCUGAUGUCAGUGGGCGCAGAGGGCCAAUCAAGAUGAUUGAUUGUGUGACAUUCACUACCGAAACACCGACGGCAUCCAAGGCACGACGCUGGAUUGUUAGUCAUCAUAUCGCGGGUGAUAGCAUGUGUCGAGAACUUUCCGAUUUGGCCAAGAAGCAAAGUCAUCUCCCGUGGGCAGCUGUUGCUAUUCCCGUAAGUUCUUCAGAGCCAAGAAAUGUAACAGGUGAAGCAGAGAAUAACAACAUUGGUAGAGUGUUCUGCUUUCUUCCCCUGCCACCUGGUGAGGAGAGUCGGACGGGUUUACCAGUUCAUGUGCAUGGAUUCUUUGCUGUCAAUAGCGAUCGCCGCGGGAUCAAGUGGCCCGGACCUGACCAAACGGACAUUCCAGCACAAUGGAACCAACUUCUUGUGAGAGAACUUAUUCCGAUUGUAUAUGUCGACGCGAUCAAAUACGCCAUUAGUAGUCACACCUCCCAGGACAAAGUGACCGCCGAUUGCAUCUAUCGAUCGUGGCCAGAUCAUGAAGAGGUUCGUGGAAACUGGGACAUUCUCUUGGAACCAUUCUACAAUGCUCUCUUCCAGGAAACUAUCAUACAUAGCGACAACAAUGGGUGGAUGAACAUCGCCGACGUCCACUUCAACGAAUUGAAUGUGGAUGAAGAUAUGGAAAAGGCCAUCCUCAAGUGUUUCAACAUCAAAGGCAUUGCAUACGCAAGGGUUCCCAAUGUGUGCAGACAGGCCAUCAGGAAGUUCUACAAAGAUCAGAUAUCCACUGUUUCUGCUUCCAGCCUUUGCCGUUGCCUCCGUGAAGAUCCUGCGAUUUUGACCAAGCUCAAUGCUGAUGAGAAGCUUCUGAUCCUUGAGUUCAUCUUGCGAGAGGACGCCAGACAGGAUCUGGAAGGAGUAUGUCUUCUUCCUCUCGAUGACGGAAGCGUCCACGUCUUCUCGAGUUCUGAUGAAAAGAAAGUGUACAUACCAACCACCAAGUUCCACCGACAGCUUGUACCAGGAGGAAAUCAUCAAUUCAUCAGAACGGUACCAGAGGACAAGCCGCUUCAUCAACUCCUGUCCAAUAUGGAUGGGCGUUAUCAGCUGAAAGCAUUAACCCUUGAUGCAGUAGCAGAGCUCUUGAAGACCAGUAUGAAAACUCGGAUAGACGAUCAAGGGACCUGGGUACAAGACACAGACGGGCCUUCUCUAAAUACAUGGCUUGAAAAGGUCUGGUCAAUGCUGUACAGAGAGAGUUCAAGUAAGUUACUACUCUUUGAAGGUAUCCAUCUUCUACCGUUGUUUGAGGCCGAUGGUGAGGGUAGAAGAUUACUACCACUGUGCCCAAAGUCGGGAAUUAUCCAGAGAAGUCACCAAAGUGUCACAUUGACAAAUGAUCUGGCAAACAUUCUACAACAGAUUGGAGUGACAGUCACAAACUGUCCUGAUUAUGUUCUCCGCCAUCCAGCUAUCAUGCGUGACGAAUAUAUCAAGAUGCCAACAUCAGAAGGGGUAGUUAAAUGCCUUCUGCUUUCAGAUGUUGAACUACUGGUCCAGAUAUUCCAUUCCUUCUCCACCAUUGAUAGAGAUGUUCUCGUAGAAUAUCUUGCACAGGCAAAACUCUCCCAUGAUGGUAAGAAACUUCUAAGUUGUCUACCACUAUUUGAAAGAGUCGAUGGAACCGGAAAUUCAAACAAACCUUUGGUCAGUAUUGAACAAUGCGAAGGGUACAUCGAAUGUUGCCAAGACGAUAUUCCUGCUCCAUUGAAGCUCAAGGGGCUCUUGAUCAAUGGAAGAACAAAAUCUAAAUGUCUGCUACAGAAGUUAGAAGUCUGUCUAUUAUCAAAAUAUCAGGUGAUAAUGAAUGUCUUGGAAGAAGUUCAUGAAGGGCAGUUGUACUCCAAGCAAGAAAAACAGCUCGUCUUGCAGUGGAUAAUGGAGCACUGGAAAGAUAUCAAAGCCAACUGCAAGUCCAGCGUAGACAUUCUGCGUCAUAUGAAAUUCAUCCCCAACAAGGCUAAUUCUUUAUUGUCUCCCUGUGAACUCCUUGAUCCAAGGGAUCCAUUGCUUGACGAACUAUUUGCCUCUCAAGGAGUAUUUCCGAUGGCACCAUUUGAUUCACCUCAGGUCAUAGAAGCUUUCAAACAGCUUGGCAUGCGUGGACCAAGUGAAGUUACUUCAUCCGAGUUGAUUACAUGUGUUGAGAUGGUUGCUGAAUCUCAAAGCCCAGAAAAGGCUCGAACACUACUAGAGCUCCUCACAAGUAACCAAAGCCUUCUCGAAAAAUCUGUCAUUGAUCAUAUGAAACAGAAGCAAUGCAUUCCUUGCCGACAGUCUCCUCCAGAGUAUUACCCCUUAGCUAUUGAGUGGUAUGGUAAACGUUCUACGAGACUGUCAACUCCCCACGAAAUUCUGAGGGAAAAGAAGCUAGCUGUACUGACAUGUGGAGCCUCUAAAUGCUUUACUUCCCAGGAGGACGAGAGUCGUUUCUCUACAGUCUACACAAAGAUUGGAAUGAAUAUCUCAUCUCCAAUAAUUUCGGAUGUCAUGACACAGUUCGAAGACUGUGUCAGGUAUGCAGAAGAGAGAACUGGGGAAGAUGUUACUGAUAUAGUACCAAUGCUUAAGGAGAUCUAUUCAUUUCUAAUGGAAGCGUGGCGCCAGGACAAGAACACCAAGAACCUCAUCCUCAAUCGAGCUAAAGUUUGUAUCUGGAAUGGAAGUGGCUUUUCAGAACCAAGCAAAAUGUGUGCGGUAAAACUUCCAUUUCAUCUAGCUCCUUACAUGGCAUCUAUUCCGCAAUCUACUAUUGCAUUUGCAGACUUGUUUGAAGCGCUCGGAGUUGAAAAAAACAUGGCAGCAAAUUCCAAUGCCCUGGUUGACAUACUGCAUGAGAUCAAGAAAAGAUGUGGCGAUUCAAAAACUGAUGAAGCCUUCCAACAAGGACAGCGCCAACUUGUACUGCAGAUCCUUCACCAUCUACACGCCGCAGGAGAGCUCUCAGAAGAAGCUCGGGCACGCUUACUCGUUCCAUCGCAAAGAGGAAAAUGUCAUCUCAUUCCAGUUGAUGAGAGCGCAUACGUGGACAGAGAGUGGUUGAGACAAAGCACUGACAAUGAGGAGAUGGAUGACGGUGAAGAUUUUACUUUGAUUCAUUUAGAUAUCUCAAUGGAACUUGCAAUAUUCCUCCAUGUACGACCUGUCAGUCGACUUCUUCUAGAUACAGAAGAAUUGCAGGGUUUCACACCAGCUGGGCAACAUGAACCCUUAACUAUGCGCUUGUGGAAUAUUCUCAAGAACAACUAUGUGGACACCGCCAUCAUUAGUGAAAUGAUACAAAAUGCGGAAGAUGCAGGAGCUCAGGAAGUUCGCUUUCUCAUUGAUAUGAGAAAAAACGAAAAUGCAAAUCUGAAAUUAUUCGAUCCUGAAAUGAGGUCUUGUCAGGGACCAGCCCUUUGGGUAUACAACGAUGCCGUGUUCACAGACCAAGACUUUGAAAACAUUCUCUGUCUUGGAGGGCGUACCAAAGAAAAGGACGCUGAAAAGAUUGGGAAGUUUGGGACCGGUUUCAACUCGGUGUACCGCCUAACUGAUGUUCCAAGUUUGGUUAGUAGGAACUACAUGCAGUGUUUCGACCCUCAUACCACACACCUUGGAAACGUUCUCCGGGACAAGAGUCAACCUGGUGUACGUCUCAGAUUGAAUAGCACCAAAGCACUCCGGAGAUUCCCAGAUCAGUUCAAGCCAUUCAAGGGAGUGUUUGGGCUCGAUUUCAGUGGAGGAAAUGAGCCAUUCAACUACAACGGAACACUCUUUAGACUGCCCCUCCGUUCUAAAGAAGCUGCACAGAAAAGCCAAAUAUGCAAGGAGAGCUACGAUGGGGAGAAACUGAUCAACCUGAUGCAGAAAAUGUGGGAAUCAUCACAAAACCUCCUGGUGUUCACCAAACAGGUGAAGAAGGUUUCCCUGUUCUACCUUUCUGAGAAUUCUAGCGAUCCUACCAGGGCUGAGGAGUUACUCACCAUACAGAAGACCAUGCAUUCUCCUAGGGUGAAGGAUGACGGCACCGUCGUGUCAACUGAAUCAUUCCGUUUCCAACUGACCUCAAGGGGAGCAGAAUUAUUGCCACACAUCAAUGAAAUAGGCAAUCAGGAGCAUACGAGUUCUUUCAACACCUUCAAAGUGGUAUGCAAGACUUCAAAACAAGCAUCAGUUGUUGCACAGUCUCAGGAAGGAAAGUCACAUGGGCUAUCUGCAGAGGCUGCCGUAGCUAUCCCAUUGAAUGUAAGAGAUUUGCAGAAAAGCGAGGGGGAGAUCUACUGCGGUCUACCUUUGUCAGUUCCAAGCCUGCUUCCAUUUCACAUUGAUGGUAGGUUUGCCAUUAACGAAGAUCGAAGAAGUCUACAAUCACCGACACCACAUGGGGUGACUGUCUUUGAAAGAUGGAAUCAUAUUUUGCUCUCUGACGUGAUUUGCCGAGCAUAUGUCUCUCUUCUAUCAGACAAAGAGUUCAUUCAACAAAUCAAGAAUACAUACGGGACAGAUGUGUCGCCAGAGUUGUUGUGGCCUGAUGUUGAUAAAGUACCUGAGAAUUCAGUGUGUUCAGGGCUGUUUAAUGCUUUCUACAAAACGAUAAUUUGCGGAUUGGAUGGCAAACAACCAGCAGUUUUCUGGACAAAUGACGAACCUCGUCAGUUUCACAAUGUAGUAUUUCUCGGCGAGGAACUGCAAACGAUGAAAGGAAUCAAGGACGACUUUGUACAGAUUUUGACAACGUAUCUGAAGGAGUACUGUCACAGUGGACGUAUGGUGGAAGUAAUAGAGCUAUCAAAGAAGACGUGGCAAGCACUGGAGAGGGCAGGAGUACGUGAUAUGGUAGAGACUAGAACAUACAAUCUGAACAGACUGUUUGAUGAAGCGUUCCUGCCAUAUUUAGAUAAAGUGCCACAGGAUCUUAGAGACCGCCUCAUUCUCUUUGCGCUUGAAAUGGACGGCAACCUGCAUCAGAAACUUCGAGAUGUGAAAUGCAUCACCGUCUUAGGAGGAGCCGAACUAAAGACACCCUGCGCCCUCAUGCAUCAUGAUGACCCUACACUCCGUGAAUUGUUUGAGCUUCAGGGAGUAUUUCCAGGUGCACCAUUUGAAUUAGCUCAUCUGAUGCCGGUGUUCAACCGCCUUGGUAUGCGAGGACCGAAUGAAGUUACUCCAGUUGAGAUGGUUGCAUGUGUUGAUCUAGUUGAGGAAACACAAUGCCCCAAGAAGGCCAGAGCUUUACUUGAUCUCCUCGGGAAGAACCCUGGUCAUUUUGACCGUUCACUGGUCGACGGCAGCACUGUAAGAGAUUUCAUGAUGAACAAACGAUGUAUCCCUUGUAAACAGUCUCCGCCAGAAUAUUACCCACCGGGUAUCAAAUGGCGUGGGAACACUUCAUCCUGUCUCACAACUCCCCAAGAGAUUUUGAUAGAAACGAAACAAGCCGUGCUAAUGUCUGGAGCUUCCAAGUCUUUUAUUUCUCAACAAGAUGUUCUGUUUUCCACAGCAUUCACUCUGCUUGGAAUAACAUUCCACACUCCAGUGAUCUCGGACGUCAUAGCACAAAUAGAACAUUGUGUGAAGUAUGCCACAGACAGAACAGAACAAGAUGUAACAGACAUAAUACCGAUGCUCAAGGAGAUCUAUGCAUUUCUAAGGAAAGAAUGGCAACGUGAUUCAAACGUCGGAAACUGUUUAUUGGAUCGAGUAGAGUGUUGUGUUUGGAAUGGCAACGGCUUUUCAGAACCAAGCAAAAUGUGUACAGGUAAUCUUCCGUUCGAUCUAGCUCCUUACAUGGCAUCUAUUCCCCAGGCUACUUGUGCGUUUAAGGAUUUGUUUGAGGCGCUUGGGGUCAAAAGGAACAUCGACACUAAUUCGGAAGCUCUGGUUGAAAUACUACAUGAAAUCAAGAGCAAAUGUGACGUCCUAGGAGCAAAUGUUACCUUCCAACAAAGACAGCGCCAACUUGUACUGCAGAUCCUUCACCAUCUAAACGCCGCAGGAGAGCUCUCAGAAGAAGCUCGGGUACGCUUACUCGUUCCAUCGCAAAGAGGAGAAUGUCAUCUCAUUCCAGUUGAUGAGAGCGCAUACGUGGACAGAGACUGGUUGAGACAAAGCACCGACAAUGAGGAGAUGGAUGACGAUGAAGACUUUACUUUGAUUCAUUCAGAUGUCUCAAUGGAACUUGCAAUAUUCCUCCAUGUACGACCUGUCAGUCGACUUCUCCUAGAUACAGAAGAAUUGCAGGGUUUCACACCAGCUGGGCAGCAUGAACCCUUAACUAUGCGCUUGUGGAAUAUUCUCAAGAACAACUAUGUGGACACCGCCAUCGUUAGUGAAAUGAUACAAAAUGCGGAAGAUGCAGGAGCUCAGGAAGUUCGCUUUCUCAUUGAUAUGAGAAAAAACGAAAAUGCAAACCUGAAACUAUUCCAUCCUGAAAUGAAGUCUUGUCAGGGACCAGCCCUUUGGGUAUACAACGAUGCCGUAUUCACAGACCAAGACUUUGAAAACAUUCUCCGUCUUGGAGGGCGUACCAAGGAAAUGGACGCUGAAAAGAUUGGGAAGUUUGGGACCGGUUUCAACUCGGUGUACCGCCUAACUGAUGUUCCAAGUUUGGUUAGUAGGAACUACAUGCAGUUUUUCGACCCUCAUACCACACACCUUGGAAACGUUCUCCCGAACAAGAGUCAACCCGGGGUUCGUCUCAGAUUGAAUAACUCCAAACCACUCCGGAGAUUCCCAGAUCAGUUCAAGCCAUUCAAUGGAGUGUUUGGGCUCGAUUUCAGUGGAGGAAAUGAGCCAUUCAUCUACAACGGAACACUCUUUAGACUGCCCCUCCGUUCAAAAGAAGCUGCACAGAAAAGCCAAAUAUGCAAGGAGAGCUACGAUGGGGAGAAAAUGAUCAACCUGAUGCAGAAAAUGUGGGAAUCAUCACAAAACCUCCUGAUGUUCACCAAACAGGUGAAGAAGGUUUCCCUGUUCUACCUUUCUGAGAAUUCUAGCGAUCCUACCAGUGCUGAGGAGUUACUCACCAUACAGAAGACCAUACACUCUCCUAGGGUGAAGGAUGACGAUACCGUUGUGUCAACUGAAUCGUUCCGCUGCACAAUGACUGCAAAGGGAAAUGAAGUGAUGUCACAGAAACCAGAAGUUAGUGGAGACCUGGACACUGUCAAAGUGAUAUGCAAGACUUCAGAACAGGCAGCAUCUCUAGCAAAUUCUCCAGAUGGCAAAGAGUGUGGACUUUCACCAGAAGGUGCGGUUGCCUUUCCUUUUCAUAGACUACCAAUGUCUAAAUUUGAGAAGAAGAUCUACUGCUUCCUUCCCCUCUCAAUUAACAGCAUGCUCCCGGUACAUAUCAACGGGUCUUUUUCUGUAAAAGAGGAUCGCCGGAGUCUUCACAUGCCAGUGCCCGAUGGAAGGUUGAUAUCUGAGAAAUGGAAUCACAUACUUUUGGCCGAUGUGAUAUGCAGAGCGUACGUUUCACUCUUGUCUGACAGUGAGUUUAUUCAACAAGUGAAGGACACAUACGGAUCAAAUAUGUCUCCUGAACAGUUGUGGCCGGAUAUUGAUGAGGUACCAAAGAAUUCAGAAUCUUCAGCACUGUUUGAUGCUUUCUACAAGGCAAUGGUACAUGGGUUUGAUGGCCGUGAACCAUCAUUGUUCUGGAAAGAUGGCAAAUCGCAUCAGUUCACGAAUGUUGUGUUCCUUAGUGAAGAAGUUCAGAAAGAGACAUCAGUCAGUGAUGUGGUAACAAAGGUACUAAGCGACCAUCUCCCCUCAAUGGAAGUGAUGUCGUUGACCGAAAAAACGUGGAGAGCCCUAAAGAGAGUACAUCUGAUAGAUGAAGUUCUCAAGAGAACUUAUGAUUUCAACAGGUUCUUCAAUGAAGUUUUUCUACCACAAAUCAGUCAGCUGUCGGCCAACAACAGAAAUCAACUCGUUUUGUUUGCACUCAAUAAAAGUGAAGACACACUACAGCAGAAACUAAAAGAUGUAGAAUGCAUACCAGUAGAGGGGGGAACUGAACUGCGGAAACCUUGUGAUCUAGUUCACCCCAAAGGCAAAGCUGCACCUUUGUACUCGGAGUCUGAAAAGGUUUUCCCUCUGGGAGAAAAAUUCAAUGCCACUGACACAUUGGCGUCACUUAGUAAGCUAGGCAUGGUGAAAGACUAUCUUGAUGAGGAUGUUUUCGUCGAGCGAUGCGAGACUGUUCACAUUAUGCAUUUAAGCUGUAUGGAAGGAGCUCAAACGAGAUGCCAUGCUGUACUGAAGUAUCUGUCGGAGAUGUUGGGGAGUGAUUGGAAUCAGAAAAAAACCCUCAAAGAACGGCUUUCGAGUAUCCCAUUCUUGCCUAUCAUGUGUAAAGAAAACAGAGAUCCAGCUCUACCAUGGGUGGAAACGGACUGUGCUUAUGCAUCUGCUAAUGAUGUGUACUCUCAUUCUAAAACAUAUUUGGUAAGCAGCACAACACACGUUGUAGAUGAAUCAAAACAGUGGAAGCUUUCCUGGAAAGUAGAGCACUUUCUUGGUCUUUCAGAUAAAUAUCCCUCUGUCCAAGACGUACUCAAGCAGUUCUCGAACUUUCGUAUUCACUACGAAAAGAAUACUGAAUGCAUUUCUGAUCAUCAGUUACAAAUGAUAUGCAAGGCGGUCUACGAGCGUGUUGAAACUGCUUGUAAAGAAAAUAGUCCAGACAUCUCCAACGUCGAUCUUCAGAAUCAAUCAUUCUUCCUUGUAGAUCGCAAGUUUGUAGUGGCCUCUAUGGUUGCCUAUGGAGGUAGAGAUCUUCCACCGUAUCUAUUUAAAGCUUCUCAGUUCCUGAAACAAUAUCCCAUUCUUCUGGAACGUGCAGCAUUGAAGAGGGAAUUUGAUGCCAGAGACUAUCAAGGUGUUCUCCAAUCUAUACACGAGUAUAGCAGUGGGAAACCUUUAGACGACGAGGUCUUGGAGGUUGCUAUCCUAGCUGCCGAUCGACUGUCCAGUUUCCUAAAAGAUGAUGAUGAUGGGAAACCAACUCCAGAUGCAUUUCUCCCAGAUGAGCACAUGUGCAUGAGGCCUGUAUCAGAUCUCUGCUACAGUGACGUUAACUGGUUUGAAUACGACGUCAGAGUCAAACUCCAUAAGUGUCACAUGAGAAUCAGUUUUAUGCUUGCAAAGAAGUUGAAAGUAAAGGAUGUUCGACAACAGUUUCUCCGGCCAUAUGACAUGGAUUUCCCAGGAGAAGAAUUUGGCCAGCAUGAGGAACUUACAAACCGUAUCAAGAGAAUUCUUGAUUCAUACCCGUCUGAUGAAACAAUACUAAAAGAACUUCUUCAGAAUGCAGAUGAUGCUGGGGCAACUGAAAUCCACUUUGUCUACGAUCCUCGCUCACAUAAUGAAAAAAAGCUUCUAGGAGAUGACAUGAAAGCUUUGCAGGGUCCUGCUCUUUGUGUCUUCAACAACAAGUCUUUUACAGAUGAGGAUAUUCGUGGGAUACAGAAUCUUGGAGAAGGUAGCAAAGCUGAUCACAUGGGAAAGAUAGGCCGAUAUGGGGUUGGUUUCAAUGCGGUGUAUCAACUCACGGAUUGCCCAAGUUUCAUCUCCAAUGGUGAACGAUUAUGCAUGUUUGACCCUCUUCUGAAGUAUAUUCCGGGAGCAACGUCGACUAAGCCGGGCCGUCUGCUAAGAGUUGAUGGCAGUGUCCGUUCUUCGUAUCCAGAUACUUUUCAAUGUUACUUGGAAGACAUACUUGCAGAUGGAGAAGAGGACUUUACUGUUUUUCGUUUUCCACUGCGGAAGGAAGCUUCGACACUCAGUGAAAACGUAUGGCGAGCUAAAAAGAUUCGGAAGCUACUACAAGAUUUUGAGGAUGCUGCAUUCGAGAGUCUUUUGUUUCUGAAAAACAUCACUAAAAUCAGCAUCUCAGAGGUAACAGACUUAGGAGCGAUUGGCUCUACUCAUGCUAUCACAGCAGAGAUAACCGAAGUAGAAGGUGAAAAGAAAAUGGAUUUCUUGCGCAAAGUUCAAGAUAUCAGUAGAGCAGCAAAGGAUGACAGUACCUGGCAACCAGAACCAGCAGAAGUCGUAUACCAGAUGAAAUUGAAAGGGAAAGGAAGAGAUGAGGAUUGGGUGAUAUGUCAACAAGUAGGAAGUGCAGACACGGCUGAAGAAAACAUAAUGCGAAAAUAUAAACUACUUCCAGUUGGAGCUGUUGCUGCCCGUCUGACAGGUAAAAAAGAGGGACUCAAAGGAACAGCUUUCUGCUUCUUACCCCUUCCCAUUGCAACGGGACUUCCAGUUCACGUACACGGAUACUUCGCCUUAGACCAUGAGAGUAGAAGACACUUGUGGGAAGGAAGCAUAACAGAUGAACAAACAAAGUGGAACUUUCACCUCAUCCAGAAAGUUAUCGCACCGGCUUACGUGAACUUACUGUUGUGGAUACAGGAAUUCUUUGUCAGGGAAUAUGAAUGGUCAGGAUCAAUGUCAUGUGAACAGAAAACUCACACUUUGAAACUCCUUCAUAAAUACCACACCUUCUUUCCUAAAGUCAGCGACAAAGGGCCGUACUGGAAAGCGCUUGAAGCCACUGUAUAUGAAAUUGUUGCCUCGAAAGCCCUGAUGCUAUUUCCUUCUCUAUACAGAAAAGAUGAUGGCAACAACGACUUUUUCCUAACAUGGAAGACCCCUGUCGUGCCCAUGCAGUCUCCAGACGAAUCAAAAGUGGGCUAUUUCAACACACUGCCAGACCAAAUGAGUGACCACUACACAUUCUCUACAAGUAGCUCUUUGAAGGCUGAAAAUCUGAAGGAGACACUGAUCGAAAUCACAUAUCCAUUACUAGAGUCUCCGACAUGGAUAAUGCACCGUCUCCGCAAUGCAUGCAAGCAUCUCAAUCAGGAAACCAUGAACCAUGAAUCAGUAAACUAUGAAGUUCUUGACGUUUUAUCUUCGAAUGUGGUGUCUUUCCUCCGCGGAGACAACCCCCUUCAGAGGCAAUUACCAAUGACACUUUCAAAAUCAAGGAUCCACGACGAGAAGAGACUGAAGGGACUCAUAGCUUACUGCAAGAAGGGAACAAAGUCUAACUUCAAUGAGAAUCUCCACGGACUACCAUUGCUCUUCACUCAGGAUGGGAACUUGAGGAGGUUAUCACGUGAUGAGCCAGUCUUUGCAUCAGAAUUCUGCGAUCUUUUCAAGCCUCAGAGUCAUAGGUUUCUACAAAUCGACUUUCUAGACACUCUACCACGAAAUGCCGAUGUCUUUUGUAAGCUUGAUGUGAGAGCAGUAUCUGCACUUCUUGAUGAUUGCCACCCUUAUCUUGAGUGUGCUUCAGAUGAAAUAAUAACGCUCCAGAACAACCUUUCAUCUGAAUGGUUUGAACGUUUGUGGAGUCUUCUUGAAUCCUUACGCACAGAGAAGACCAAGUGGACUGAUUUUGCUCACGAUAUCAGAGUUGAACUUGGCCGUUGGGCGAUAUUACCUGUCACUGAAACAAAAACUCAGUAUUAUCGGGAAAUUAAGCUUGUGGCACCUAUCAGUUUAUCCUCUACGAUAAUAGUCCAGCCAACCGAGUCGGAUUAUUGGCCAAUCUACUCCGCACUUAAAUCACUGAACGUCUACAAGGUCAACAAAUCCAUUCUUCGCGAAGACAAUUAUACGUUAAUACAUCAUCUCGUCACACAUAAGGGCGAUAGCACGAGGGUUUUAGAUGCUUUGAUGUACUGGGUUGAUAGAGACUUCAGGAGAUUCAGAAACCUCAACGCUGAUCAACAUGAAGAAAUCCUGAGAUUCUUCAGUAACUGUGAGAGCCAAGCUGAUUUCAAAAGGUUGAAGAGCCUGCCUUGCUUCAAAUCGAUUGCAGGUGACUUUGUCAGUAUCGGAGAUUUCGACACAGUUCUUGUCCUCCCAAGUAUGAUUCCGGAAAAGGAACAAGAUAAAUGGGUUUGUACCACUCGUGCUAUAUUCCUACAGUACAGCAUAUCGCUUAAAUCUCUAUACAAGAAGCUAGGAUUGACUGAUACAACAGAGAUGGACGUAUAUGAAAAGUACAUUCUGCCGGUCUUUGACCAACUCAGCGAGGGCAGUCGUCUUGAACAUCUUGUGCGGAUCAAAAAACUACUACAAGAGCUACCCCUUCAUAACACAGAGAGGUCUCUUAGUGAAGCUAGGAAGGAAGCUAGACAGAGAUUAAGAUUAAGUCAACUGCGUUUCAUAACCGGUGCAAAUGGGGAAUUGCUAAAGGCCGAGGACUUCUAUGACCCACAUGUCGAGAUAUUUUCUCUAAUGUUGAACAAGGUUCAGUUUCCACCCAAGCGCGUCAUAGAUUGUUUAGGCCUUGAAUUCCUUCGAGAAAUAGGACUACAAGUUGUUAUUACCAAAGACCUAUUCCUCUCCUUUGCCCAGCAGGUGCAGGAAUCACACUCUGACCUCAAGAAGAUGGAAAAGAAGUCACGUGCCCUUGUAUCUGAAUUGACAAGGAGAUGUGAUCUUCACAAAGACUCUUCUUUUCUACAGCGAGUCGGUAUGGUUGACUUUCUUGUGAGUGACGGCAUCAGCACAGAGAUGAAAUCUAUUCAUCCACCUUUCAUGAAGAAAGGAACUCUCAUGAGGUAUUCUGGAUCAAGUUCUUUUGAACACACACAACUGAUAUGGUCCAUCAGCAGCAUCCUGCCAACAUAUGCGGCCUCAGGGAAAUGCUGGUCUUGUAAAGAAACGUUCGAUGAGAAAAUAGGCGUUGCACAGGAUCCUGAAUGUAUGAGUGUUAUCCAGCAUUUACGGAAUAUAUGUAACAGACUCCAACAGAAGAACGACAAGAAGAUAUCUUUCCCUGAAAAUUUAGCUAGUGUACUACAGGAAAUAUUGACAUUCGUUUCCUCCAAGUGCGCAGGACAAAACUGCUCUCAGGAACACCCCUGUGGAAGGUGCUGUAUCAUCAGAGAUGAGUUGCGAAACGUACCUAUUGUCUUUUUGGAGCUAGAAGAUGAGCAUCGCUUAGUCAAAGCAGAACAGAUAUCACGUACGAUGGAAGGAAAGCUGGAGCCUUUUCUAUACCAGCUGCCAGACAAGUGGGUUCCUUUCUUCAAGUUAUUUCAGAUUCUUGGCGGAACAGUGAAACCUUCUAUACGCCAAUAUGCUUUUGUUCUUGAAAGCCUCUACGAAAGGGGACAGAGUGCAUGGUCAAACCCGAAUGUUUUAAACAUGGUAGACAAGGCCACGUAUGGCCUUUAUGAAGAGUUAAUAAAGGUCGAAACUACACAGAUAGUUGCUGAAUUUGUUCCCGGACACUCCUUGUAUCUACCUUCAUGUCAGCAAAGCUUGGAACAAUCAGAUCGCCUUCUAGUGAAUGAUGUCGAACACUACACCAGCCGACUUCUUCGAUCUAAUCUACCACUCGUCAAGAUCUUUCCAAGUCACGAACGAAUCGCGCGACAAUCUAUCGCCAGGCUUCCUGAAAGGAUGAAACCGAAAGCAGUAAGUGCAGAAGUGAAAGAAAUGUUGAGCAAGACUGGUAACGAUUCGCAAACGUGUUUCUUGUCUGGAAACGAACCAUGUGAGUUUGGAAGAAGACUUCAAAUCCUACAGUCUAAGGAGUUUCUUAGGGCGGUUUGCUCCAUCAUGAGGCACAACAGGCGGGAAGAAGUUGCCGAGGAGACCAGGAAACAGUUUAGAGAUCGCCUAACUGGACUGAAGAUUACAUGUAUGCAGCAGUUACAUUCGAUUCUGCAAAUCAAUGGCCAAGACAUAGAGGGUAGUGAAACCGAAGUACCUUCCUUCAUCAACAGUGAUAAUGAGCUGUUUGUACAACAUAGUGAAGAAGAAAAUAGAAUGGAAACACUAUUAAGUGUUGCAAUCCAUGUCAACCAACUCCUUGGAAAUGUGUUUGAGGAUAGAAAUUAUAUGUCUAUCCUGCUAUCUCAAGAAUCUCCAGCUACCAUCCCAAAAGCACUAGCGAAGUUCGGCAUUGCCGUAGAAAACAUGGAAGAAGACGCAAAUUUCAAGUUGCCUAAUCCUGGAAGUACUAUUCCAGAACAACUCUACCACCUCAUAGAACAAAACCCCUGGACGUCUUUCAGCAAAGGCGAUUAUGUAGGGUACGCACAAACCGAUGAAGACGGUGACUACUACAUAUACGCAGUAGUGGUCAAGAGGAUACGAAACGAGUCGCUCAAGUCAGUUUAUCUCAUCGACAUCGGACAGGACAGCCCGAUAGAAGCCAAUGUGUUGGACAUGCACAAGAUUCACAUCCCGAAGUCCACAUCAGGUAUGGAGCUUGUUCCAUCUGACAAAGUAGACUCAGAUGAUGCAGGACCGUGUCUUUCUGGUCAUCGGGAAUCAUCUCUUCCGACUGAUAUUGAAGAAGCAAAGCAACAGGUGACUGCAGAAUUGGAGGAGAUCUGGCAGCUUCCAGAGGAGCAGAAAAGGAAGGCUCUUCGCAGAUUAAUGUUAAAAUGGCAUCCAGACAAGCAUCCAGAAGGUUCGAAGGAACUGUUUGACGAAGCAUUUAAACAUCUCCAGAGCGAGCUACAAAGACUAGGAAAGGGUCUUUCAACAACAACUUCAUCGUAUGAAGACCUUUUCAAAUCAGCAGAGCAGAGAGCAAGGGAAGACCGACGACGGUAUACUGACUUCGGAGGAUUUCAAUCAGGAUUUUGGGCAGGAGCUGGUUCUGGAGGAGGGGGUAGAGGGGGUCCUGGAUCAGCUAACUGGGAGAGCUUGUUCACUGAAGCUUCAAGAUCACCAGAUAUCCGCAAUGCUCGCCGUUGGCUACGCCAGGGACAAGAAGAUCUCCGUGCUGCCCAACACGAUCUUAACCCACAUGAUGAGCCGUCACUAGAGUGGGUGGCGUACAAGUGCCACCAGAGUGUAGAAAAGGCCCUCAAAGCUGCUCAACUUGCUAUCAGAGGAUGUUACAGUUGUACCCAUAACAUUUAUGGUCUAGCCCGUGACGUCAGUGAACACACGAGUGAACCCGUAAUAUCAUCAGAAUUUCUCCAGAAUGUAUGCCAGCUCAGUUCUCUCGUGGGUGAUCAACGGCCUCGGUACCCGGAUAGAUGCGCCUCCUCACAGAUUCCUCACGAGGUCUUCAGAGACCAAUUCAAAGGUGGGGAAAUGAUCCAGCUCACCCGUAAAAUUCUUGCAGUGGUUCAAACAUCAUUGGUUCCGUCCAGAUCAUGAACACAAGGUUCGAAGUAUACGUAUCUAGGUAUACACAAAUAUCGCUUUCGUUUCCACUUCUUUCACAUAAACGACAUACCUGCAUUGUGAAACUGAAGCAAAACGUGAGUGACCCAUUCUUCUAGUGACUCUUGCGAGAAGAUUUGAAUGAGUUGAUUUGUACUUAUGAAAGCGGUAACAGUAUUUGUAAUCGCGCUAAAUAAACCAGUUUGUAGUUAGCCCAUGAUACACCUGACCAAAAUAUCCACAUAUCUUCUACACAUGGAGCUUCCCCACUUAGUGCAUUUUAGAAUUAUCCCUGCCAAAGUCAUGGAUGUAUAUUUGUUCGCCCUCUUGAGAAGAAUGCUUCCACCUGUGUUCCUUAGAACUGUCGGUGCAUACAUUAAUAAUGAUGACAUAAAUUUCAUGAGCACGUAUCCAAUAUUUGUCUGAUCUCUAUCUGCACAUGCGCAGAAUCUAUUUAUGUAGUGGCUUAUUAAUAUCACUUUUGACUAAAAACCAAUCGAAUAAUAUUAAAUUCGGUAGAUUUAUGAAUUGACUACUGAUGCCAUCAGGCCCUUUUCUUCCUCUCACACUGGUCGAUAUCAUAUUUCUUUUACUUAUGUAUCAUUCGAACGAAGUACUUUAAAUCAUGUGCAUUGACAUUUGAUUUAAAGUUUGAAAUAAAUAGGACCAAUAAUAAGAAAGUAAAGAAUGUUUGAAAUAUGAGAUCACUAAGUCUAUGCGGAUCUCAAAUAAACUGCUCGGUGAUAAUUGUGAUUGUGACCUAGUUGCGGAUAACUCCUAAUUGCCUUUUUCCUUGGGGCACUACUCAAAAUAUAUUAUGGAUAGCAACUUAUCAAGAAUAAACCCAUUUGAGUCAUACCUUUUUGAAACGGUGAAAUUUUAGUCAUUUUGUAUGUUGGAACAAAUGGGAAAGUUAUCCCGCACUACACCACAGAGACACUACUGAUACCUAUACCUGCUAGAUGCUUUGAUCGACGCAGCGGAUGCGUAUUAUAAUGUCAUUAAAAAUAAACGUUAAAUGUGUAAAUAGUCUCUUUAUAUAAAUUGAUUAGUUUGAAUUUUGGAUAUCCUAUUGAGAUCACUGUCAUCCGUACAGAAUCGACUUGUUGCAAAAGAUAGAAAUACUAUUUCCCUUUACAAAAAAUGUUUUUACUUUUGUCAGAUAUACUGAUAUGUACCAUAUAUUAUUGAGUUUAUGUGUAAUAUCAGUACCACCGUAUAUAUUAGGCCCUCACUGAGUAAAUUCAAUGAUAGCUAUUCAUUUUAUAUGUCCAUCUUUUACUGUUGUAAUGUGAAUUUUGGGUUUAUCUUGCUUUGAAUUGUAUUACAAUGAAUACAUUAAAUAAUAGCUAUUCAGUUUAGAUGUCUUUAACUGUAUUUGCAGCAUUAGACAAUUUUUAAAACUCAAUUACUCAUCAUUAAACUGAUAGAUGUGCUGUAAUAUAUUUUGCCAAGAUUGUUACACCCUUUCUGUGAUAUACAUUUUCUUUGUUUUUGCACUACUGUAGAAGAAGUGUUAUAAUUUACAGAUAUUUGUAUACAUCGUAAUCUUUGUGAAUAUAUGUUUCAUGAUGUUAAAGCAACUAAAGAACAUACUAAUAUAUGAUAGUUAUGAAGACUAUAAUUGAUGUACUGUAUUCUCACUGACUUAUUCACAUACAUAAGUUGCAUUGAUAUAUUAUAGUGUUGUAAUGAUGAAUGAUUUUUUGAUUCAAGAGUCAUAUGAUGGAGGAUUGCAUAAAUAUAAGUAGUUUCCUCUUUUGUACAUAAUCAAUAGUCUGCGAGACUCUGGAAUAUUUUAUAUCUGUUCUGAUUGCGUCAACACAUUCUAUCAACAGAAUAUAAUGAACCCAUUGGCUCCACAAUACAAUGUAUUGAUUUUAAUGUAUUAUCUUCCAGAUUUCAUAUCAUACCAAUAUUACAUACUAUUUUGUACAUAUGUAAAUACUGUCAUUAAUGUAAUAUUAUUGAUAUAUCAUUCUUUGUUGACAUAGAUUCUUUUAUGUACACAGAGCAGAUUGUGCAUCUUUAUAUAAACGAAUUUCGCAUUAUUCAUUAAACACUUAAAGGUUGAACUAUUUCAACACAACAACAUUGACAAAAAUAAAAUACCUGUAAUAUACACCCGUUAUAUCGUAAGAAUUUGAGCUGAAUUGCGAAAAAAGGGUCGUUUGUUUCCCUUCACUCAUGCGAAAGUUUUACCGUGGCGAUUCGCACUUACGGAACUUACCAGAUCAUGUUAGUAAUCUGGAUGAGUUUAGACAAGAUAAAUGGAUGUACUCUAUUCUCCUGAAUUCUAUAUGUUACAUGAACUUCAUAUUUAACUUUGACUCAUUGAAAUAAUAUUGAAUAAUAUUUUCAAGACUUAGGGAUGUUGUUGUUGUUGUUUUUUGCUUCAAAAUAUACUGACAGAGAAAUUUCAUGGACGCGUUGAUAGUGAUGCAUUUUAGAAGGUGAAUUCAUAUAUAUAUAUAUAUUAUAUCGCACGUUUGUACAUAAGUGUAAUAUCAACUGCAGAAACAACAUUGUUUGCUGACACCUUUUUUUAACUUGAAGUAUUUACAGUAUUUGGAUUGCACGAAGAAAAGUGAAUAAAUCAGUCAACUACUGAAUGAAAAGAGUGAAUGUUUUUAUAAUGUAUUUUUCGCAGACAUCUAUACUUAUAGACUGCAGCUUAGUACUGAGAGGAAUAAAUCGCUUGUAUAUUAUGUGUCUUUAGCUCAGUUAGUAUGUACAAAACAUUUGGUGAUAUUACAGAAAAAGGAUAAAUUACGAAGAUUUCUGUCACGUGUAUUAACACAGAACAUAAUCAAUGAAGAUGCACUGUACUUCCAACAACAAAAAAUCAUAUUGCGCAAAUAUAACAUACACUGUAUAUAGUUUUGCACAGGGAACUUUAAUGUAAUGUUAUUGAAUUUCACUGAAUUUCGUUCACACAAUAUUAUGAUGCAGAAUUCUUUGUGAUAUUUUGAAGAUUCCUUUGUUUUCUUGACUGUCGCUACACUGAUCAAUCUAAUUACCUGGAGAAUAUACUAUAAUUCUCAAUUUUCCAUUUAUACACUAGUUGUUACCCUUGCAUACAUGUUUCCAGAUUUUCAUACAAAACAAAGUUUCAUAUUUGAAACGACCACGGACAUUUGCUUUUUACUUGUAGAAAUGUUUAUUAAAUAUAGUAUGUCAAUGAUGAAAGCAAUUAUAUCAUUCCAACAGAAACUGUUGUAGUUGUUUUAAAACAAAACUAUGAGUGACAGUUUGUAACGAGGUAACGUUUCAGUUUGUUGUAAUAAUUAUGUUACAAGACUUGUAAAUAAUUGGAAUUUCACAUGAUAUUCAUUUGAUUCAUCUGACACCAAUGCUUCACGUACAAUAUGUGUCAAAUAUCGCCAACAUGAGCUACAAACAGAUUGUGAAAUAACUGUAAUCUUAUUCUGGGAUUCAGAUAUUUUUUAUAUAUAUUUUGAACGAGUAUGGAAAUAUUGAGACUAUAAGCCUAGUCGAAAUUUGUGAUGUAAAAGACGAAUUUUUUACGAGUUUUGUUUGUUUAAUUUCGAGUUAAAAAUUAAAAUGGAAAGAAAAUGUUAUGUAUAUAUACAUGUAAUACUAUUUCGAUGUUUGUAUCCAAGAAUUGUGCAACCUCACAUUUUUUAGAGUGAUUUUGUAUAUUGUGUUAUAAAUAGUUUUGUAUAUAGUUUUCUAUAGAGCUUGUUCUUCGCCUCAAGUAUGUAUGACGUUCCUUGAGGCUUCCGUACAAUGCUAUCCAGUCUGGAAUUUUUCACACAUACGUUUUCUUGAGUAUCAUGUUUAUGUAUUACAGCUAGUAAGCGACUUCGGAGAUACCAUCUGCUUGUAUAUUGGUGAUACGUUGUGUUGUAGAGUUUCUUGCAAUUAAAUAUGAUUAGUAAUCACGUGCGAGAGAAAUGAUUACGAACGAUCAUUUUUGUGAUGAUAACAUGAUUAUGUAUGAAUUAAUUAUGAGGGCAGUGUACAUUCUACAUUUUGUGACGGCAAGGAUCUGUCAUUUUUGUACUAUUUUUCUUAGUUCAUAAGUGAUACUCUGAUAAUGAAAGAAAUAUAGUGUUAUGUUACAAGUUUGAAUCAAAGAAAACUUUAGUGACCUUAAAAAUGUUAAUUGCCUACCAUACGGUAUUUUGUCUUUCUUUUUCUUUCAAAAAGAAACUGUGUUUUUAUGUUUUAAGCAAUUAUGUUGUCCUUUUUAUAAAUUCUAUCAGUCGUUUUACAUGUUUCCUUCAUAUUGAACUAAAAGUGUCAUACAUAAUGUCAAAGUAGAAAUUCACUGCUUUCAAACCUGCAGUCAUAGGUCAACGUUGAGUGUCGUUUUGAAACCAAUUUUGAUGAAUAAAAGUUUGCUAAAUGAUAAA